AUGUCAGUGUUGGACUUGAUGACCUUAAUGCAAGCGAGUGCUGCACGAUACAACGGACCCCACAGCUGCCCACUAGUCGGACGGACCAAGAAGACCAACUACUACCUCGAUCCGGGCGAUCAAGCUUUAUAUUCCCUCAAAGAUGUCAACUUUGAAGGAUUCUAUUGGGAGCUGAUAACAUCAUGGAGAAAUGACAGAGCCAGCGACGGCAAAUUCACUGCGUCGUAUACCAGUGAACUCAAGGUUACCAAAGGCAGCGAGAACACUCUGAACGCGAACAUGGGGAUGUCGUUCGAAGGCCUGAGUGUCGAUAUCGACGCAUCAUCCAAGACCUUCCAACAGACAGAAACGACGACAAGCGAGACGCACACCGUGGAGCUUACGGUCCCGGCGCAAACGACCGUUCACCUUUAUCAAAUGGUCUACCAGUUCAAGACGAAUAUUUGGUUCAUGAAUGAUGGACGUGGUGAAUUGUUUCAGGUGGGGAGUCAUAAAUGUUAUAUUCCUGCGCAUGUGGAGGGAUAUGUUGAGAUUCAUUCGACGGAGUAUUUCUCUAGGGAGGAGGAAUUGGAGGGUUUGGAUAGAAUCGAUGCUCACUAUUUGGACCCUGAGUGGCCGGGAUACACGGCCACGUACUUUUUUGAGGAUGCGACGGAUGAAUGCAUGGACUAUCCCUGGGAUCAUGGUGUCACUAUUCCUACCUUGUAG